AUGAACAACAGCGUCCUGCCCCCUCCCCCGCGAUACCCAUCGCAUUCGGGUGCCUAUGGCACUCUCGGCCCAGGCAUCGCUCCCAUGAUCGAGACGAACAACAUCCUUUCCAACCCCGAAGGCCCGGAGUACCAAUUCCUGGUCGGAGAGGGAACUUAUGUUCUCAAGGAGGACCUUCACCUCGCGACGCCCCCGCCCCAUCCUUCCGAAGCUCCCGUCGUGAACCCGAACCCGCUUGCGACGAACCCACAGCCUGCGACCGCCGGCACGAAGCUCUCCCUCAUAAGCCUGGACAUGCGUGCCGCGCCGCCCUUCUUCUACAAGGGCUCGUCGGCCACGACGUUGUCCCUCACCGGCGAUAUUAAGGAACAUCCUAACGAGGAUCGGUACUCGACUGAGGCUGGGCUCAGCAGCGACGGUGGUGGCGGGACCUCGUUGAGCGAUGCGCAGCCCAAUUCCAUGACAAUGAUUGCCGCGGCGCCGGCAUUUGGCGACGGCAACACGGCGCUCGCGCCUGCCAACACGAAAGACGCUGCGAAGAAGAAGGUGCCGAAGCCCAAGAACAACAUGACUAAGAGCAACUCGUCGUUCAUUUCUAGAGUAAUUGUAAACGAGAGCCUUGCCAAGAAGCUUCAAGAGCGGCCGACGGAUGGAGUCUUUGCUUUUGCCAACAUUAACCGUGCUUUCCAAUGGCUAGAUUUGUCGUCGGCGUCAAAGGCGGACUACUUGACUAAGAUUCUGUUCACCAAGGCUCACUGCCUCUGCCACGACGUCAACACGAUCACGAAGAGCAUAUCGCAUAUCGAUGUAAUUAUGGGAUUCUCCACUGGCGAAAUCAUCUGGUGGGAGCCGGUAUCACAACGGUAUACCCGUUUGAACAAGAACGGUAUCAUCAAUGGCACGCCGGUGUCAGAAAUCAGGUGGAUUCCUGGAUCCGAGAGCCUCUUUCUGGCAGCGCACAUGGACGGUUCAUUGGUGGUGUACGACAAGGACAAGGAGGACGCCCAGUUUUCGCCAGAGGAAGAGCUCGCGGCCAACGGCACGCCCAAUGGGGAGAGCGAGGCAACAAGUAACGUCAACCACAACCUCAAGAUCCAAAUCAACAAGUCGAUUCAAUCCAAGAAUCAAAAGACGAACCCGGUAGCAUCAUGGAAGCUAUCUAACCAGCGAAUCAAUGCCUUCGCCUUCAGCCCCGACAACCGUCAUCUGGCCGUGGUAUCGGAGGAUGGCUCUCUCCGUAUCAUUGACUACUUGAAGGAGGAGUACGUCCACCAAUCUUACCCUCAGGGUUCUCCGGGGACGAGCCCGCUGACAUGUGAUAACAGACUGCUGGAUCUCUAUCAUUCUUACUACGGUGGCUUCAUCAGCGUCUGCUGGUCUCCGGACGGCAAGUACGUGCUCACGGGCGGCCAGGACGACCUAAUCUCCAUCUGGUCUGUCGAGGAAUCAGCCAUUGUGGCGCGCUGUCAAGGCCAUCAGUCUUGGGUGACGUCCGUAGCGUUCGACCCGUGGCGCUGCGACGACAGGAACUACCGUUUCGGCAGUGUCGGCGAAGAUUGCAGAUUGUGUCUCUGGGAUUUCAACGUCGGCAUGCUUCACAGGCCCAAAGCGAGGCAGGAAACAGCGAACACAUCAGCGAGCCGCAUCCGGUCCAACUCAACCCUAUCGGGCGGUGCCGUCGACGACGAAGAGAACACCGUUGUGCAUGCCGUAGAGCCGCGUGCGCGAAUUGCCAUGCUUCCCCCCGUAUCCUCCAAAGCACUUGAUACCCACCCUCUAUGCUGGCUUGAAUUCACAGAAGAAGCCAUCAUCACCAGCUGCAAGUCAGGCCACAUCCGGACGUGGAACAGGCCGACAGAUGCUCCGGUGCCGAAGGAGGGAGCAUCUUAG